GAAAUAACCGUCUGGAGAUACACAUCAGAUCCCGAAUAUCUUGCUUGGCUUAAUUUCCCGAUCCUAAAAUAACCGUCUGGAGAUACACAUCAGAUCCCGAAUAUCUUGCUUGGCUUAAUUUUCGGAUCCCGAGCAUCUUGCUUGGCAGGCAACACAGAUAGUAUUCAUGAAAGUUUGCCAACCAUUCCUGACAUAGAAUCGGACCCCACUCAACUAAACAUGGGCAAUAGUGAUACGGAUGCUGAACUAGCACAACUAAUAGAUAACCUCUUCCGGACUCCCCUUGAUCCUUCAAUAUUGGAAGAUAACUAGGAGAGUUCUACUCCUUGUGGUGAGUCCAUAGAGCAUGGAUCAUUUUCUUCCUCCUCUCGUCCUGAUACUGUGGGCUUCAGCUGAGGGUUCUUCAUCUUUAUCAGAAUCAGCAUGUGAUGCGAUUUCUAAAUUUCAUGAACAAGUUAAUCACCUUGGACUAAUGGAUUCUGUUGACCCUCAGCAGAAACGCCUAGAUUUAAGAAAUAAUAAUUCAAAGGAAAAUCACUUUCAAGGAUCGCUAUCAAAUGAAAAACACAGUUAUGUUCUACCCCUAGAUUCAGAUGGUGACUCGAAGUUCGAGGGAAAAUUAAUCUUCUCUUCUUCUAUAGGGCAGCAUUUGUUUGCUAGACUUUUAACAGAACAAGGUUCGAAGAAGAGGUCCAGUUCUGGGGACAAUGGGGAAACAGGUGAGAAUGAAAAUGAGAAUGAUGUUUCGAGCAUUCCCUCUGAAGAGAAAUUGGAUACCCAAGAUAUAAAUGCUGCUGAAAACUAUAGUGACAGGGCUGAAGCAAAUCUUCUUCUGCGUUUUGAUAAAAUACUGCUUUCAGGCUUCAAUGCCACUAAUCAUUUCGCCAGCAGCUUAGAGGAUGUAUCCCUGUUGAUUAGUCAAAUCAGUUCAUUGCUGAAAGGGGACAACAAAGAAUUGGACCAGUUGUUAAAGACUGGUUUAGGAACGGAAUUUUGCUUAGAAAAAUUUAAGGGCCAGCUGCUUCAGAAGCAUCUGGAAGAGAUGUUGCAUUUAUGGAUCUUACAGAAGAAUGCUGAAGGUGGUGAUGGCCCUAGUAUAUUGGAUGAGGGUGGACAAGGUGUUCUCCAUUUGGCAGCUGCACUUGGUGUAACUGCACCAAACCAGAAGUCCUUCUUCAGUCCGUAUCUGCACUCUGGAUUGACCUACAAAGCCCCGAGGUGGAUCCUCGGGGUAGACACUCCGAUGCUUAAGUCAGCAAUAAUCGGGGCUACCUUCAAAGCGGAGAAACAAGGAGCUUAGGGUUGGUUCCAAUUACCUUUUGGCGUGGCCCUUAAGGGGUAUUUAUAUGUUCCGAUGCAGAAUCCACGCGGCAUGCCAAUCAAGAUGCCAAGCAAGA